AUGUUUUACGUAAAUAUGCUUGGAAUCAAAUAAUGGCAGUCCCGUCUUCACAAGAAUCAAAACUACACCAGUAGGCAUCAAGUUCUUCUCAAUCCUCCAUCAGUCUUCUUCCCCACUCCUCAGUUCCACUGCACGCAGCGCACGGUUCUCUCUCUAGUCGCAGUCGCCAAGGAUGCCUUUCAGGGGUUUCUUAGAGGUUGAACCACCCAGCCCUCUUAGAUACAUCAUGGGAGCUGUGAUCAUGAUGAUCGGCGUCGUCUUGCCCGUCGGAUACAUGAUGUUCCGCAACAAGCGUGUGCCGUCAUCUUCCUCUUACUCCAAACAGACGAGCAAAGUUUUGAUUUAGGGAUGCUGACAAGAGGGACAUUUUAGAUUCAAUUCACGGGUUGUUAGUACGCAGAAGAAAAAGAAGGCAAACAUGCGAAAGGCCUUGACAGAUCCGCAGAGACUAAUGUAAAUGUAUGGAGACUUCAAUUCUCUUAUGCAAAUUGUUGGGGAAUUCUAAAUCAAUUCUAUAAAGCGAUGUGUUUGUGGUGUUA